ACGGAAAUCAUAGUACACAUGCAGCUAAUAUAUCCCACACACUCACACUCCUGAGAAAGCACCUGCCCAUAAAAAAAUGAAGCUUCCAUGGCUCUCUCCUCUUAUCACCUUCACUCUCUCUCUACUCGUCUCCUUCUCUUCUACUGUAGAAGCUUUCAAACGAUGCCCUAACUGCGGUACCACUCCAGUCCCAUACCCACUAAGCACGAGACUCGACUGUGGCGAUCAAGAUUAUAAGAUCCGGUGCGACCAACGCGGCUCCUUAUGGUUCGAUACACUCAACGGGUCAAGCAAUCCGAUCAAAACAAUUGAUCCGUCAGGCCAACGGUUUGUACUCCGUCCACCAGGGUUCGAGCCAAACAAAUGUGUAUCGGUCGAUAUCAAGUACCACGGUAUUCAGCUAGACCUGAACCUUCCUUUCAAUGUUAGUAGCAGUAACACGGUUAUAAUCAUGAAUUGUACAAAAGAUGGUCUAGAUUCUUACAGCUCUCAAGGGUUUAACUGCUCAGACAAUAGCUUGUGCCACAAGUUUCUCAACGAGAAUCUUGAGGCGCGAGGAAAGUGCCGAGGCGUGUCAUCGUGCUGCUGGUAUAAAACCGGUGCAUCGGUUAACACUUAUAAGGUUUACAGGGCUAGGACAGAAAUGUGUUCAGCUUAUCAGAGUUAUAUGAAUCUUGAUCUGUUGUUGCCGGUUAGUAAAUGGGGUGAACCGGCCGUUGAGAUACUGUGGGAGUCUCCGAGAGAACCGGUUUGUAAGAUUCAGGGAGAUUGCAAAGAUUUGGUGAACUCGGUUUGUUCAGGCGAUUCGACGAAUUUAGGACAGAAGAGAUGUUUCUGUAAGAAAGGGUUUCAAUGGGACUCGGUCAACGCACUAUGUGAAGUUAACAGGUGUUCCAAGGGAAAGAAAUGUAAAAAAUGGAGCAAUUUACCUUUAAUUGGAGGUUUAGCCGGAGGUGUAGGAGCGAUACUGAUCGCCGGAUUCGUAAUGAAGAUGAUCAUCUCAAAACAGAACCAGAUAACCGCCGGAAGCCAGUCGUGGGCGAGCGUAAGGAAACUACAUCGUCACUUAUUGACUACCAACAGUACCGGACUCGAUCGAAUCUUCACCGGCAAGGAAAUCGUGAAAUCAACCAACAAUUUCGCCAAAUCAAAUCUCCUAGGUUUCGGCGGAUUCGGCGAAGUGUUCAAAGGAAACCUCGACGACGGUACCACCGUAGCUGUUAAACGAGCUAAGCUAGGGAACGAGAAGAGCAUUUACCAAAUCGUCAACGAGGUUCAGAUCCUCUGUCAAGUUAGCCAUAAGAAUCUAGUGAAGCUUCUCGGAUGCUGCAUUGAAUUGGAUAUGCCGAUACUAGUUUACGAGUUUGUCCCCAACGGAACUUUGUUCGAACACAUAUACGUCGGAGGAGGUGGAGGACUAUAUGAUCCUUUGCCUUGGCGGCGACGUCUCUUGAUCGCUCAUCAGACAGCUCAAGGACUUGCUUAUCUUCACUCAUCAGCUACACCGCCGAUUUAUCACAGAGACGUUAAGUCGAGUAAUAUUCUCUUAGAUGAGAAUCUUGAUGUUAAGGUUGCUGAUUUCGGAUUGUCAAGACUAGGUGUGAGUGAUGUGAGUCAUGUUACGACCUGUGCGCAAGGAACCUUAGGGUAUUUAGAUCCAGAGUACUAUCUUAACUUCCAGUUGACGGAUAAGAGCGACGUCUAUAGCUUCGGGGUUGUGUUGUUCGAGUUAUUGACUUGUAAGAAGGCCAUUGACUUUAACAGAGAGGAGGAAGAUGUGAACUUGGUUGUGUUUGUAAGGAAAGCUUUGAAGGAAGGGAGAUUUAUGGAUGUCAUUGAUCCUGUGAUCGGGAAAGGAGCGACGGGGAUGGAGAUUGAGUCGAUGAAGGAGCUUGGAGUUUUGGCCGAGCGGUGCGUGAAGGAGACGAGACAAUGUCGACCAACCAUGAAUGUUGUAGUGAAGGAGAUCGAGAGCAUUUUACACAGUAUUUAAAAAUUGUGAAACGACGUUUUGUCCUGUGGUAUAAGGAUUUUGUGAAUAAAUAACCCCACAAGUGAAUUUACAUGUCACUUAUAUGAAUGUAUUGUAUUCAAAAGA